GCUUUCAUUCCAAAUUCCUGAAAGGUAAAUAUAUAUAAUUUUCAAUCGGACUUCAAGGACUUUUUGGAAGUGCAGCUGCUACAAUAUGGCUGAUAAGUACUCGGAGCCGAAAACUGAUGUAAACAACUUUGACAAGGAUUUGUGCUCACGCAAUCCCAUAACUGGCAUGGGCCUAAACGGAGAUGGGGUCGGUGGACUAAAGCCCAAGAUAGCCAAGAGCCGAGCGGGCAAUCCGGUGACUGGCGAGGGCUACAGCGCAGGUCUCACUGAUUUGGAUUUUAUGCGAAAGAUUAGCCGUCGUCCAGGUCCGAUGUCCCAUUAGUGUUUCCCUUAUUUACUGCUCCAACAACAAGAACACGCCCCUCACAUAGGAACCAUGCCAUGUUCGGUUUGCCUAACAACACGACGCUGUUUGACAUUUUAAAUAUACGAUUUUGCUGCAUAA